GAUGACGUACAUACACAUACAAACUGCGAAUUCGUGUUCGAGCUGUGUAAAUGUGUAAGUAUAUAAACGCGAGCAGUGAUUAUACUUCGCUUGACUGUAUAUGCUGCAGUCAAAGUGCAGUCACCCACGCUUCGCCGCAUUGCAUGUUGUAAGACAUAUAUAACGAAUCGCGCCGAAGCCGAGGUAAAGCGUUAGUGGCAUUUUCGCUAAAAUAUAGGAAGUGUGCAGGGAAAAAAUCAGUGCGAUGAGUUGUGAACUCGCGUUUGUCAGCUAGCCUACGGUGGAGAGGCGAGAUUUUGUGCUGUUGUUAGUUCUAGAAAGUGCUGUAGGUGCUAUAGUUCUGACUCGAUGUGAACUAAUGAAGGCCUCUCACAGAUACAGGCGAUGACCAGAGAUAAAAUGAGACUGCGGUGACGGCUGAUGCAGCAGCCGGCAUAUCUGUCAUCGGCCAGCAGCAACACCACCGGCUAUGGCCAUAGCGAGCUGGGUCAUGUGGGGUGGUCGAAGUUUACGUUCAAAUCGUCCUUUACGACGAGCCAGACAAGACACCGAGGAUUACUGCUUUGAGUUGGAUUUAACGAAAGGAUUUAAAGAAAAUUUGACCGAAUGUCUGUUUAAUGUAUGCCAAGUAGAUGGAGUAUCUAGCUCCAAAAAAUUGGCAUCUCUUAAUGCAAUAGUCAAGCUCAUAAAUGAAAGUAAUACUUUUGAAUAUGGCUUCAGUAAAGAUGAAUUAUUUUGCUGUUUACGAGUGGGGCUGGUUCACAAAGCGACGCAAGUCAGAGCUGCUACAUUAAGAGCUGUAAGAUAUUUCCUUCAAAAAGAACAAGAUGUCAUUGUACUAAACAGGCUGCAAUAUCCUUAUUUUAUUGCACGUAGUGUAGAUGUAAAUAUACGAAAUGAAGUAGAACGUUUACAAGCUUUAAGACUUGUGAGAAAAAUUCUAUUACUAGCUCCUAAACAAUUUAGUUUUGCUCUAGCAAGAUCAAUAAUAUGCAUCACAAGCGGAGGAAUGGAAGAAAAAGAUCGAGCCUCUAGAGUAUUCUUAGCUAUAGUUUGCGAGCUAGGUGUAUUAAAUCCUUACGUAUUUAUUAAUUGUGGUGGAGUAAGCGCGCUGGCUCGUGCAAGUACAACUGGUUUGAGUCCAGCUAUUAGUGAAGCUUCUAUAGGAGUACUUUUGCGGUUACUUGGUGAUCCAGAAACGCGAAGUGAUAUAUCAUUGUUAUGCCUUGCGGCACCAUAUUGCGAGCUUGAAUCAAUCGGGCUUGAUAGCACCAAAGAGGACUGGGACCAAAGGUUUGCUGCCAGCAAGUACGCCCUAUUGAGUGUUCUCAGAUCAUAUUCUGGUCUUUUACAUUUUUGCCACCCACAUGAAAACUCAGGGCUCAAAGCCAUUGCAGAUAUUUUAUACGUUGAACAAUUGCAGGUGAGAGGUGCUGUUUUAGAGCUCCUAUAUGAACUGUUAGGCUUACCUUUACCUGAAUGGACAGAUGAACCAGAUGUUGCAUUAGCAGCUAUCGACCCAAACAGAGUUAGAAGCUCUUGGAAAUUGUCUGAAAAUUUUGUAGCUGCAGAAGGUCGAACUAUUUUGCCAUCACUUAUGUCACACUGCCCAAAUAUUACAGAAAUACAUCAAGCUUUAUUAAUUAAUAUACUGCUUGAAUGUGGAAUACAUAAAGCUCUUGCUAAAACUAUCAUUUCAUCUGAUACAUUUAUAUCAGUCAGAGCAGCAGUUCUUUUAGGUGCUAUAUUACAUUUAGCUCAUUCACUACUACCAUCAGAGCUUUGCGAUCUUACACCCCCGCUGCCAAUUCUCCUCGAGCAAGCAAGUUUAGGAUGUCAUCAAGCUCUUGCAGCCGUUGCAAUUCUCAGUCGCAUGCACUCGAUGAUGAGACGAAGACCGACGCCAGCAAGUCUUUUUAUGGACAGACUAUUGCAAGGUGGAAAUUGGCUAAGACUAUCGUCGUCGCGAGUUUUGCGGCGUCAAACCACUGUACGUACAUGGCUAAAACGCGAUUCUUUAUUGGACAAACUGUUGCGAGAAUCGCAAGUUCUAAGUGCAAAGGAUGCACAUUCUUGGGACUGGUUUACUAUUAGAUCAAUCAUCAGAUCUAGAGAUGACACUUUUAGAACCCUGCAAGACACUGAACAUCGUACUUUUAUCAAAAGGCUUAUUAAGUUCUUUAAACCAACUUCAAAUCAGUUCAGUCGAAUUGAUUUGGCUACUUGCGCUCGCAUGGCGCGCGAUGCUACACUCGCAGGUUGUGAUCUAAUUAAUUUUUUGCUCGAAUCUCAAGAGCCUGACGCCACGCGGUUUCUGCACGAAUUGCUCAUUGAUAUUGCUGAGCAGAUUAUGGCCAUUCGCAUAGCUGAAACCGCUCACGAUGCCCUUCUUUCACCCCGACUUGUCACGACGACCUGUUGUCAAAAGUACUUCUUGUUCCUUGGACAAUUGAGUCACUCGCCACAUGGGACUCUGGUUCUACGCAAUUUCAAUUUUCUCGAUAAACUUUUGGAUCUUGCGAUAGCAACAAAACAUGACUGUUACGUUAAGCUUGUCGUUUCGAGUUUAGAUUACAGUCGAGAAGGUCCAAAUCGCAGAGUGUUUUCAAAGAUUAUUCAAGACGCGACAUUAGAAAGCACCAGGAUGUAUGCGACUCAGUUCCUUAGGAUUCUUUUUAGAACGAGAGUAAACGACGUGAGGUUUUGGGCAUUCGGUUUGCUGUUGCAGCGGCUUAAUGAUGAAAGUAGAAUGGUAGCACUUACUGCACUUGAAGCGCUUCACGAAGCCUGCGAAGAGCCCGAGUUUAUCGAGGUCAUGAUGCGAAAAUCUGAGGAUAAAUAUUUAAAUAAUUGGGAUGAAUGGCUAAAUCAUUUGGGAGAUCGUGGACAUCUCCUCAAAAUCCGUCUUUAUUCCUUGCGAUCGGCUUUCUCCACUAUGCCAGCAGUCUCGGAAGAGCUCGAGCGUUGGAUUCGACCCGGCGGUCAAGCUGAACGUUACGCAGGUCUUAUCGAGUGUGAGAUUCACGAUUCCUUAACUCGACGGCAACGUGAUGAAAAUGGCUGCUACUUGCGACGAAUGAGUGGCACUCCUCACUCUCCAAAAGAUGUAUACAUUCCACCGCAUCUUAUCGGGCAACUGGUUCAACACGAUUUAGGUUUGCAACUUUUACUCAGGCGUAACAUAUUGCAGAGAUUUUCGAGGGUAGUUCAGAGAUUUAGAAUUGAAUCUGGAGGAAGUCAAGGCAAAGAUAAUUAUGGAUUUAGAGACGACGGGAAAGAAGAUAGGAGAAGCGAUAUCGAGGGUAGUAAUCGUUUAGAAACUAUAAUAGACUCAGAGGGUGAGAAUACAACUCUAGAAGUAAAGGGUACACCACAAAAAAAUGAUCAUAUUUUUGAAAUGAGACGAAAACUGAGUCAAGACGAUUCCAUCAGAACUACUCCAGAAAAAAGUUCAAGAAAUGAUAACGAUCGGGAGGAAUACAUGCAUGGAUUGGAUGCUCGGAUUCUGAAAGUCAAAUCAGCUCUUUGGGCAUUAGGACAUGCAGGCACUUCUAAUUUAGGCGUUGAACAACUCAUAUCAUUGAAUAUCAUUGAAUUGAUGACGACAAUGGCUGAAUCUUGUCCUCAUUAUUCAGUACGUGCGACUGCCAUGUAUGCAUUGAGUUUGAUAAGUACAACUCGUGCUGGUGCAGAAAUUUUAGCUGCUCAUGGUUGGCCUUGUGUUCGUCAUAGUCGAGCCGAACAUUGGCCAGUUGUACAACCCAUCUCUGGUAGUUUUACGCUUAAUAGGUCACCCAGUCCUGUGCCAAUGCAAAGAAAUCAACGAAGUUUAAGUGAUAGCAAAUCCGAAUUGCCUGAAUCCGUUGCUGCCUUGAGAAGACAAAGGAAUCGAUCUGAAAGUGCAGCAGCCGACCUGGAACCCCCAAAAAGGUAUCCACUGCCAAAUAGAGCUGAAACACCGAGUCCACUAUCCAGUGUGCAAAAGCUCAGUCAACAGGACGCGGAGGGUUACGCGAAACUGAAAAGCUUGCAAAAACACCGUAGGCCAAGCUUUUCACACAGUAGUCUUGAGCAAAUAUCAGAUGGAAGAUUAUCGUUACAAAGUCUAUCGGAGUGUGAUUCAAAUCGUAGUUUAUUAACCGAUCCAACUUUUGAGUUAUCAGCUUCACCUAAGCAUGCAACGACUAAGCAGCGUAAAGUCUCAACAACUCAAGAAGAAGGCGACGACACUCGGCCACGAUACAGGGGCAUAAGUUUACCUAUAAAACUCAGCGUAAUAUUCCCCGAAGCUACGCCAACCGAUGUUAUGCUUGAAAAAAUCAACAGAGUAAGGCCUAGCCAAGAACUUCGAGCAGCUCAAAGUGCCAGUACGAGUGAUUCGUCAAUAUUACAAGAUGAAUUAUUUCGGACUCCAACUCGGACCUUGCGCGAUGAUGCUAAACAAAAUGAUAGUGGUUCUGAUUAUGUGUCAACUAAUCCGAUGAUUUUAGAAGAAUUUGCUAAAGCCAACGAUGGUGACAAUGAAGGUGCAGCCGUGCCGGAAGCAAGCACGAAUAACAGUAACUUUGAUUCGAACAACAGACUUGCCGUGCCUAAUAGUCGUCAACAAAAUAACAGCAUUAGUGAUAUUGACGAAGAGUCGUGCAGUGAGUAUGAACAACCGAGUGACCAUUCCAGGCUCUGCUUGGUAUGCUUCCGAGAAAGAAGCGCAUCCGGUGAUAUAUGCACAGUUGAGCAUGAUUUUCGGCGGACUAUCGAUAAAAAUCGGCGGGAUGUUUUGAAACAUGCUCAGCGUUUGUCCAAUCCAGUAUACUAUAGGCAGAGCAGACAAUAUCUACUUCGAUUGAGACAGCAGUAUCCCGAAGUCUUCCAGGAUGCAUGUGUUUACUCGGAAGUUGCUGCUCGUUUGGCAAAUAAUACAUAUAGAUUACAGGCGAGAAGAUUUCUCCAAGAGUUAUUUUUGGAUUCCUCUUUCCCAUUGCUUUACGAAGAACCGCUAACUAUACUUAAAUCAGUUGUGGAUGCAUCUGAACAGAACCAGGCAUCUGGUGUUAAAAAGUCACCUGCAUCUUCGGAAGACAGUUUGCCGCAUCAUUUGGUAGUCGAAGCAACUGUCGAGACUAAAGUGAAUGGAAAAACGAUAGGCAAAUUAGAUGAAAAAAAUGUUGAAUCUUUAGCAGAUAUGCCAUUAGAAUUACUUCAAGCAGAUGUAAUGCGCCUUGACGAAGGCGAUGCUUGUGGCAUAGACGAAAAAAAUUCGAAUAGCGAUUCGUCAGAUUCUACAGAAGGGAAAUUCACCUACAACAAGACUCAACUUCGAACAACGGACGAAAUGAUAAUAUCGGAAAUCCUCAAACCUGAGGAACGACUGAAAUCCAAGGCUACCGAUAAGAUACCCAAAUCAGGGGGGAUCAAGACUGCAUUUAGCCUUGAAUAAAAUAUUUUAAAUCAGCUGUAUAUUUCUUAAACCUAUAUCAAUUAUUUGGUUGUA